AUGUCCGAAACACUCUUUGUCGUUCUCUUCCUCGUCUUUGCCGGCCCUUUCGCAGCCUACGUCGUCGCUGCUCUCGUGCUCUAUCUGCGUCCGGCCUCUAAGAAGCUCUACCCCACCUUCAAGAACAAACACGCCUUUGUCGCCGGUGGCAGCCUCGGCCUCGGCCGCGCACUCGCGCUCCAGCUCGUCGCCGCCGGUGCCAACGUCACCAUCAUUGCGCCAUUCAGCGAUGAGCUCCAAGACGCCGUGCAAGAAGCGCAGGCCAGCGCGACGCCCGAGCACGGCGCCAUCCACAGCAUCGUCGCCGACAUGCGCGACGCAGUGUCGAUCCAAGCGGCCAUCCACGACGCCGAGACCCACUUGGGUCCCAUCGCGAUUCUCUUUACGGUCGCUGGCAAGGCCGUGACGGCCAAGCUCCACGACGUCUCGCUCGACGAGCACAAGCACGCGCUGGACCUCAACUACUUUGGCACGCUCAACACGGUGUACGCUGCGUUGCCUGGUAUGCGGGCGCGCCAGCGCGGGUCGAUCGUCUUCAUUGCCAGCGGCGCGGCCCUCGCGAGCUACGUGGGAUAUGCCGCCUAUUCACCGAGCAAGUACGCCGUCCGCGGCCUCGCUGAGUGUCUUCACAGCGAACUCGUGGGGUCGGGCGUCUCGGUGCACAUUGCGUACCCUGGCCAGAUGGACACGCCCGGGUACGCGAUCGAAAACGUAACCAAGCCCGCCGAGUGCAAGACCAUUGAAGCCAACGACACGCUGCACACGCCCGAGGCUGUGGCCACGUCGAUCUUGCGGGACCUUCAGAACGGCGUGUACAACAUGUAUUGCGGCGACGUCAUGUUGCGUCUUCUUGGUAGCGUGUCAUCGGGCUUGAUGCCACGCAACAACUGGGCUUUGGACGUGCUGAUGUUUCCGAUCCUCGUCCUGACGGCGUGGAUCGUUCGCACUGACUGGGCCAAGAUCGUCCAAAAGCACCGAUUGGACAAGACUGACUCGUACCAGCAAGCAUAAGCGUUCACGAGUGGUCCCAAGGAAGCCGUUGUUGCAUCGAGAUAGCGAAAAUAACAUUUUGAAUAGUCAACCGAUGGG